AUGCCAGAAGACAAACCACAAGGUAAAACAAUAGAAGAAUUUUUUGCCGAAAUUGACCUCGAUAAUGAUGGUUCUGUUAAUGCUGAUGAAUAUUUUAGUGGUGUUAAAAUGUGGAGAAAAGAUAUUACUGAUGAUGAUAAACCAAGUCAAACUCUUUUAUUCCAUUUAGCUGAUUUAAAUGAUGAUGGAGAAAUAGAUAUUAGGCAGUUUGCCCGUUUAAUUGCUAUCUUAAACAGAGGAUUUGGUAAAGAUAUCAAAUCUGUUUUUACUGCAGUAUUUAGGUUGUUGGACAUUAAAGACCAAGGCAAAAUUGGUGCUCCAGAAUUAGAACGUUUAUUAAAGAAAAUGGGACUUCAAAUAGAAUCAGAUGAUAUUGAAGGAUUUAUGGAUCAAGUAGAUCAAGAUCUUGACGGUUUUAUCACAUUAAAAGAAUUUUUAGCUCAUUUUGUAAAGGAACCAAAGGAUGGACAAUAA